AUGGAAAGCUGGUCGAUCGCCGAAGUGGAAGCCUACAGAAAGGCCAACGGUGUAUUAUUGAAAAGGAAUAACGUGCCGAAGCCUAUCCUCGCCUUCGACGAGUCCAACUUUCCGGACUUUGUCCGGAAGGAAAUCGAGGCCCGACGCGACUACACUUCCCCGACGUGUAUCGAGGCCCUCAGCUGGUCCAUCGCACUCUCCUGCAGGAACUAUAUCGGCAUAGCGGAGACGGGAUCGGACAGGGCUCUCGCCUACGUCCUUCCCGCCGUCAUACACGUUAGCCGCCAGCCGCCCAGGAAGCAGCAAGAUGGACCCAUCGCCGUCCUUGUGGCUCCAACGCGCGAUCUAGCAAGGGCCAUUCACAACUUGGCCUCAGAGCUCGGCGACCACGCUGGAUUACGCAAUGUGUGCGCUGCAAACGGCGACAGCAAGGGAGGCCAGUACGCCUAG